GGUAACGGCGUCGGCAACAAGGGUAACAGCGAUGUCCGCUUCCCCGUCCCUGACGAUGUGACCGUCAAGCAGGCCUCCGCCAAGUGCGGUGAUCAGGCUCAGCUGUCUUGCUGCAACAAGGCCACCUACGCCGGUGACACCACCAGCAUUAACGACGGUAUCCUCGCUGGUACCCUCGGUAACCUCCUUGGUGCUGGCUCCGGCUCUGAGGGUCUCGGUCUCUUCGACCAGUGCUCCAAGCUCGAUCUCCAGAUCCCCAUCAUCGGUAUUGCCCUCCAGGAUCUCGUCAACCAGCAGUGCAAGCAGAACAUCGCUUGUUGCCAGGCCUCCCCCUCGGACGCCAGCGGCAGCCUCAUCGGUGUUGCCCUGCCCUGCAUUGCUCUC